CUAGAAAGAAGAGAGACCUCAGUCUUCCACCAACAUCUGCCCGUAGUAGGAGCAGAGACUUGUAGCUCCUUGCUACUCGCGACUUGAUUGAGAUAGAUAGAGAGGUAGCGAGAGAGAGAGAGAAGGAGCGAGAGAGCGCGAGCGUGAAUGAGAAAGAGAAAAAAUAAGGAGGGAUAGAUUGACUUUGAAUUAAUAGUGAUUAAAUAGUGUUUUUGUCAGUGUUCGAAGAGAAAAAUAUUAUUUUGGAAGAAAAAACAUAUUAACGACGAACUACAGUGCCAUAUUUAUCUUUUAAUUAUCAUUAUUUAUGAUUCCGUUUGUUUCUUUCUUUAGUCAUUAUUUUAAGUGAUCUUAUUCUUCCGCUGGUUUUACCUCGUCCAUUGCGUCAACAUGAGAACCUUUUGGUUGCUCCUGACGUACGGGAGCCUCUUGGUAUCAGCGCUGGGCCGCCGGGCGGUGGGCGAGAUAGAUGGCAAUGGGCUGGAAGUGCACCUCACGCCCAUGGAGGUCCAGGCCGCCGUGAAGGAGGCGGUGGUCAUCGUUAAAGAGCAGAUCGAGGUCGUCGAGCCGCACGUCUUCCAAAGUGGAGGAAAACUGGGCCCGGAUUCUCCAGCCUAUCAGUACUACAGCCUCCUGAGCGGCAACGAAGAGACGAGAACCAUCACAGCUGUUGCUCACAUCUCGCAAACAGCCACACACAUCCUGGCUGUCAGGCACAACCUGACGGUGGGUCAGGUGUCCCUAGUCCUUCCCCAGUUGGACACCAUGAUGACUGUCCUGGCCGAGUCGUGUCCUACGCCUCUUCCUCCUUCGUCGUGUCCACCAUCAAGGUACAGAACGGUAGACGGUACUUGUAACAAUCCUGACCAACCAAGAUGGGGAGCUGCCAACACACCUUAUCUGAGGUUACUUCCAGCAUGGUAUGCUGACGGUGUAUCCUCUCCAAGGGCGUCCCUGGCGGGCGUGCCCCUGCCCCCGGCGAACAGGGUAUCCCAUACCGCCCACUCGGGCAACGUCAUCUCUCACGCCCACGUGUCCCUCCUGGCUGUCGUUUGGGGCGAGUACCUCGCCCACGACUUGUCCAAGCCCCUGGUUGGGGAGGGGGUCAGAGGAGAGAGGUUGAAGUGUUGCGGUGUUAGCCAGGUCCACCCCGAGUGUUUCCCAAUUUUCGAAGGUGGCCAGUGCUGGGAGUACGCCAGGACCGCGGCUGCGACCACCACUGACUGCGCUCUCGGUGUACGCGAACAGCUCAAUGGAGCCACUGCAUUCUUGGACGGCUCAGCCAUCUAUGGCUCCUCGAAGCGGGAAUCCGACGCCCUUAGGCUUUUCGAAAACGGACACCUGAAGACCCAGGCCGACUGGCUCCUCCCGAGAGCCACCUCCCACACCUGCAAAGAUGCCAUGAUGUGUUUCCUCGGAGGUGACCUGAGGUUGAAUUCCCACGCAGGGUCAGCAGCGUUACAGACACUACUCGUGCAUGAACACAACAGAGUGGCUUCCAUUUUGUCAGAGUUGAAUCCCCAGUGGGGAGAUGAAACCCUCUUUGAAGAGACCAGGGCCAUUGUUUCGGCCCAGAUACAGCACAUCACCUAUAAGGAGUUCCUGCCCAUACUUCUUGGAGCACAGGUUGUUGAAGAGAAUGACUUGGUCCCAUUGGCUAAUGGCUUCUACCACAGUUAUGACAUUACGAUCGAACCUGGCGUUUUCAACUCUGUGGCAACAGCAGUCCUUGAGCUGGUUCUGACCCUCCUUCCAGAAGAGUUGCCAAUGGGACAUGAAUUCAUUCCCUUGUCUAAAACCGCACUAAACAUGUCCCUUUUGUAUAAGCCAGGUGCUUAUGAAGCUCUGAUUCAAGGACUAGUUGCAUCGAACUCUCUGACUUUUGACCCAGCAGUCAGCAGCUCGGUUAGAGGAUAUCUUGGUGGCCUCGAUUUAGUUGCCAGAGCGAUUCAAGGCGGACGCGAUCACGGUCUACCCCCAUACGUAGUCUGGCGACCACUCUGUGGCCGGAGCCCUGCACACACUUUUGAUGACCUUAUAGAUACAAUUGACUUGGAGCAAAUAUCAAAACUUCAAACUAUCUUUACUGAUGUUGCUGACAUCGAUUUGUUCACUGGUAUUAUCUCUGAAAGACCCCUGGAUGGUGCUUUAGUUGGUCCUACGGCAGCCUGUCUCCUUGCUUUGCAAUUUAAGGUUCUGAGACAAACUGACAGAUACUGGUAUGAAAACGACCUUCCACCAUCAGCCUUCAGCAAAGAGCAGCUAUAUGAAAUUCGCAAGACGAGCAUGGCUAGAUUGGUGUGCGAUAACGUACCUGAAAUGACACUGGUACCCCGCUCAGCAUUCCUAGCACGGGAUCAAUUCUUGAAUGCCCCAGUUCCUUGCCACGACCUCAACUCAAUGGAUUUGGGUGCUUGGAAGACUCGUGGCAAAGUCGUUGUUGCAGAAGACAUACUCCAUAGUGUUGUUGCUAAAGGUAAACAGGCUGUUGAGAAACGUAGGCAGAUGGAGAAACUUAUCUUUGAAAAGGGUCUUGUAGCUGGCGCUAAAUCGGCUGUUGGAUCUGCCUAUGCCAACAAUAAGCCUAACCCUACUUCCCUUAUUUUAGCUAAUACAUCUGUGCUACUGGAAGCUACUAGUCAAGAGCUGAUGACAAUUAUGCAUGACCGGCGUGUCCGAAGGCAGAUCCAGGGUCUUAGCAACGAAUUUGAAACUCUUGACUUGAAUUUACCAUCUGUGGACAUUUCUGGUUUGGUCCCUCCUGCCCCUCUGGUCAGAACUUGCAGGGAAACUGAAGAACACAGGGCCUGUGACAGUCAGAGUCCUUUCAGAACCAUAAGCGGCCACUGCAACAACCUUCGUCGUCGUGACUUUGGUCGUUCAAACACUGUCUUUGCACGAAUGUUGCCAGCCGGUUAUGGCGAUGGCAUCUCUCAGCCCAGGACUCGAUCUUCUGCAGGUGACUCUUUGCCAUCUCCACGGACAAUCUCGACGACGAUUCACAAUGACAUUUCUCACCUCCACGCCAGAUACACUCUCAUGGUGAUGCAGUUUGGGCAGUUCCUUGACCACGACAUAACAUUCACUCCAGUCAACAAAGGUUUCCAGAAUUCCAUCCUGGAUUGUAGAGACUGUGAAGCUCAGCAGCGAGUCCACCCUGAAUGCUGGCCCAUUCCAGUUCCAGAUAAUGAUCCUUAUUAUCCUGCUGUCAACAUCUCGUCUGGAAGACCUUUCUGUAUGGCAUUCACACGGUCACUCCCUGGACAGCAGACGUUGGGUCCACGAGAACAGAUCAAUCAAAACACUGCCUUCCUGGAUGCCUCUCACAUCUAUGGUCAAGAGCUCUGUGAGGCCAGAGACCUUCGCUCCAACCAGUUUGGCCACCUGAAUGUGACGAAUCACCCCAUUAGAGGCAAAGCUCUCUUGCCACAGGAAACUGGACACCCAGAGUGUAAAGCAGCUUCAGGACGGUGCUUCAAGGCAGGUGACUCAAGAUCUUCAGAGCAGCCAGGUCUGGCUGUCGUCCACACUAUCUGGAUGAGGGAACACAACAGGAUUGCAGAUGAGUUGAGAGAGGUGAAUCCUCACUGGGAUGACGAACGCCUCUACCAGGAGGCCAGGCGGAUCACGAUUGCCCAGUGGCAGCAUAUUGUCUACAACGAGUUCCUCCCUCGAGUACUCGGCUGGAAUGCCAUGCGACUCUACACCCUGACUCUCCAGUCAGAAGGAUACUAUACAGAAUACGACGGCAACUGCAAUCCAGGAAUCCUGAAUGUCGCCAGCGCUGCCUUCAGGUUCGGUCACUCACUCAUUCGGAAGAACUUGCUUCGAAUGGACACCUCCUUCAACGAGAAUCACAUCAGCGUUCAGCUGAGGGAGACCUUCUUCAAUCCUGACAUGCUCCUGGAAUUCCAGAUGAUCGACGAGCUCGUCAGAGGCCUCAUCUCCACCCCUAUGGAGACGCUGGACAACUUCAUGACAGAGGAAAUCACUAACCAUCUCUUCGAGGACCUGUCCAUCCCGUUCUCCGGUCUCGAUCUGGCCGCCCUCAACAUUCAGCGAGGCAGAGAACACGGCCUCAGGCCCUACAACGAGUACAGAGCCGUCUGCAACCUCAAGAGGGCGAGGACCUUCGAGGACCUGAGUCGAGAAAUCAAGCCGGAACUAAUCGCCAAACUCAAAACGGUGUACCAGAGCGUCGAGGACAUCGACCUCUUCACAGGAGGUCUCUGUGAGACUCCCCUUCAAGGGGGCAUCAUUGGACCCACCUUCGGCUGUGUCAUCGGCCUGCAGUUCUCCUUCCUCAGGAAGUGUGAUAGAUACUGGUAUGAGACUUCAGACCCAAGCGUGCGGUUCUCCGAGGAACAGCUGGCCUCCAUUCGUAAGGUGACCAUGGCAUCCCUCAUCUGUCAGAACUGCGACGUCGUAGAGCAGAUCCAGAGAGGCGUCUUCGACAUGCCACAUGACUUCUUGAACCCUCGUGUGCCAUGCCCCGCCGUGAGCAAAGUGGAUGUCAACCUGUGGCGCGAGUCCAACACCUGCGUCAUCGGCAACCAGGCAGUGGGCGUAGGGGAAACUAGGACGCCCAACCCCUGCACCCUUUGCACCUGCACGCCCUCGGGACCCCAGUGCCAGACGCUGAAGGUGAACUGCUUUGAGCUACGCUCCCGGUUCAGCCUGGACGAGAUCCUCAGGGACAACAUCUGCCGAGCUCAGUGCGGCAACAUCCUAGAUCCUAACCGCCCUCCACAACCACAGCCACAACCUCAACCUCAGCCACAACCACAAGCACAACCACAACCUCAGCCUCAGCCUCAACCACAACCACAACCACAACCGUUACCACCAGCUAACGUCUUCAACGACGGCCUAACUCCCCCUCCACCCCCUCCUCCUCCGUUCAUCCAGCCAGGGCCAUCCCGACCACGCCCCCCAACCGGACCCGUCCUCAGGCCUCCCCCUCUACCGGGCAACAGCCCCUUGAGGUUCCCAUUCCCAAUUCCACCAUUCCUAAGAUCUCUCUUUAGUUAAUUAUUUAACCUCUCCUUUUUUUAAUUAAAAUGUUUGAAUAAUUUAUCUUAACUGUAACACGUAAAACAUUUUACACGAAUAACAACGCAGCAGCAGUCUUUCAUAUAUAUGAUAUAUAUAUAUAUACCUAUUAUAUAUGAUAAUAUAGUACGUGAUUAUACCCCCAUCCUUCCCCCUCCCCCCUUCAACCAUCCUCGCCUUGGAGUCAGAGCUUGGUACUAUUCCAUUAACAUCCCCUUUUCCUGGAAUUAUUUGUCUGUUGUUAUUAUUAUUAUUAUUAUUAUAUUAUUAUUAUUAUUAUUAUUAUUACUACUACUACUACCUUCAACAUGUUCACUUCUAAUUUGUUCCGAGUUGCAUAUUAAGGUUUACUUUUUUUGUUUCCUUUAGGAAAGGACUGUCUCUCUCUCUCUCUCUCUCUCUCUCUCUCUCUCUCUCUCUCUCUCUCUCUCUCUACCCAGUAACUGACAAAGCGUUAAACGUGUCUUCAGAAGAAGAAGGAAUCCGAAGAUUUCUUCUUCUCGUUUCCUGUCCCUUUAAGACUAGGCUCAGACGCCGUGCCUUAGAUGCUAUAUACUGCCUUAUAUAUAACUAUGUAUGGUCCUAGUUUUCCUUACUUCCAAUUUUCAUCAUUUGCUUGAUCUUGUCCCUCGUCGUGAAAUGCCAGUACAGACAGAGAUCAGCCACUAAAUAUCCCAGUAUAAGUCACAUUUGUUUACGAAAAGCAAAUUUCUUUUUGGUUAUUUAGCUGAUAAAGUAAUGUCAGAACGUAUAUACAGCGUUGUAUGUUGUUCCAUUCGGUACCUUUAGUUUUUCCUUGUUUUUUUGUUUUUGUUUAUGCAUGUACUGUGCACAUGUCUUUACAUACGCAACAAUUAUACCAUAACUUUCUGGCAAAAGUGUGACUAAAGCAUAGCACCCGUUUUUUUAAAUCUGCCACAACUGAAAUAGAAAACGACAUCCUGUAACGUAACAUAUUAUGUCUGAUUGCUUUUCCUCCCUUUCUUUUUUUGUUUCUCUUUCUCAGUGUCAGAGUUUUUCCUGUAAUCGAACUCUGAGAUGAAUAUUAUAUAUUAUAAUAUCCUCGAGUUCGGUCCCAACUUCUCUGUGAAAAGUUGGGACCAGAACGCCGUUGCAUUGGAAGGAAGAAGAAUCAUGCAACAACCUUCGUGCACUGUUUUCGAUAAGUGGCCUUUUCGAAUGUGUUAUAUAUAAUGCAGACGUUCUUUCGUGUCUAAUACAGAAGUGUGCAGUCCGUAUGAUGAAGGAUUUUUUGAGGACCACUUGAUUUAAUGUUGAUACUUCAAAGAAGCGUUGUAUAUGUAGGCCUACUUCUGGGGAAAAGAAGUUUGGAUCACUUCAGUAUUUUCAAACUACACCUGAGAGAAAGACAUUCAUUUACAGUUAUCAGUCGAAGAAUAAUUUACUCAUAACCCUUUCAUGAGGGAAAACGUUUCGACCUACACCGAAGAUGUAGUAUAGUAGAGAUUUGUGUAUAUUUAUAGAAAAUCCUAAAAUUCUGCGCCUCGUUUUCUAGAUGGGAGACUGUUGUAAAACGGCACGUUUAGAUUCUGUUAAUUGGACGGGAAAGGUAAGAGAAUACGUAUUAUAACGUCACGUUUUCAUCAGUUUAUCCCGUAAGUUUAAAUGUUUAUGAUAACGUGCGACACUUUCAAAAAUUUGCCCUCGUUUUUCCAAUAGGCACUACCUGUGUAGCUGUGAAAACGUCAGAGAUGAUAAUUAUCGUGUAUCUUUCCAACAGAAUGACAUCUAUCACAACUUAGCCUCCACAUUGACACUUGAAUGUGUUAUCACUGAAAAAUAUAUAUUUUACAUUGGUUUUUGUUGCGCAAAACUGUAUCUUUUAUGUAGACAUGUUACCAGUUUAUAUUUUACUAACCUCCUCUCCCCCCGCCCCGCCCCCAACCCCUCAAGUCCGUCCUGUUUUUUUUUUUUUUGUU